CAGGUGAAACCUGCAUUAAUAUCGUUCGGUUUGCAUCAAGACCAUCAUCCUCAUCCUCAUCAUCCUCAUCAUCAUCAUCAUCAGCAGUCAUGUUCACUCGUUGUCUCCUGCUGUUUCUUCUGGCUCUCUACAGCUUUCAGUUCUCAACAGCUCAGAGUGCAAAUGAGCCAGAUACGUGCUGUUUCAGUUUUCAGACACAGCCAAUUCCUGUAAAAGUCAUUACAGCGUAUGCAGUGACAGACCUUCGGUGUACAAAACCUGGAGUCAUCUUUACUCUACAGGACGGUCGUCGUGUGUGUGCAGAUCCCCAAGUCAAGUGGGUGAAGAACAACAUGAACAAUAUUGAACAGCGCCUUUUUAACAACCCGACCAAACCUACAGAUAAUUAAAUCCUCUCUCCAUUAAUAAGACGUGUUUAUUAUUCUGAUUAUUAUUUUAUUGACAAAUUAUUUUUUGCAUAUAUUUAGACAGAAAGACAGAAUAUAUUUUUGUUUACCUGAAUUAAAUCAUUUUUUAAAAUUCAGUAAUUCAAAUUAUUUUUAAACAUAUUAAAGAACAUUUUAAAUGGAACAUAAUUUUUCUUUCUUUUUUUUUUUUGCUAGAUUUUACAGUCAAUAUCUUGCAUUCUUUCAUAUUAUUUCCUAUGAUUGUUGAGUUCCUGUCUAGAUACUGAAUUGCAUUUGAUUUGCUGAUGCACUGAACUAUAAAUAUACAAAAAAAAAAAAAAAAAAAAAAAAAAAAAACAGUAUGAUGUUCAUUAAUAAAUAAAGCUUUAAUCUUUGUCAAACUG